AUGAAACCAACAACACCCGAACAAAUCGCCGAUAUUGAGCAAGCUUACCGCAUAAACGUCAUCCUGUUCCUCGAAGAUGUUGACCCCAGCCUUUCGCCCAACUACCAGUUCGGCAGCAUGAAAGGCGGUCCUAAUGGCGAGCCUCGAGGUCGUCCGCGGUCCGGAAAGGAGCACAUGGGCUUCGUCCUUCAUGACAUCGAAGGCUGGACUACUGUCCUGCGCCGGUUUGAGGCCAGGGCCAAGGUGCAGCUCUUUCAUCCUACCAGGGUCAAGCUCGAGUAUGCAGAAGGGUAG